GCGGGCGGCGUUGCCGGCUCAGUCGUUGCGCAGGAGUGGUCGCCGAGGGAUGUGUGGUAUCGUAAUCGCGAGUGUGACCGAGGAAUAAAGGGGACCGGCGUCGUAGUUUUCGCUCGCGUUCCAUUCCUUCUCUCUUUCUCUCUCUCUUUCUCUCUCUCGCACGUCUGUCUCGCGCUCGCGCGGAUAUCGCAGUCGCCGUCGUCGUCGCGGCGUUCAAGUUCUUUUCUCGGCCCGAUCCUCCGCGCGUUGGCCCGUUUUAGCCGGUACACGGAUCCACGCGGAUCGUGUGCUUUACUUCACUAUUUAUUGUACAAAGGACUAUAAAGCAUAGCCGACACAAUGUCUGUGGAUAAGGAGGAAUUGGUGCAACGCGCGAAACUCGCUGAGCAGGCGGAAAGGUACGACGAUAUGGCGUCCGCGAUGAAGGCGGUCACCGAGACGGGAGUCGAGUUGUCGAAUGAGGAAAGGAACUUGCUCUCGGUGGCAUACAAGAAUGUCGUAGGAGCGAGACGCAGCUCGUGGCGGGUAAUCUCCUCCAUCGAGCAGAAGACCGAGGGCUCCGAGCGUAAACAGCAGAUGGCCAAGGAAUACCGGGAAAAGGUCGAAAAGGAAUUGCGCGAGAUCUGCUACGACGUAUUGGGACUCUUGGAUAAGUACCUGAUCCCCAAGGCUAGCAAUGCCGAGAGCAAAGUAUUCUACCUCAAGAUGAAGGGUGACUACUACAGGUAUCUCGCAGAAGUCGCCACUGGUGAGACCAGAAAUACCGUGGUAGACGACAGCCAGAAGGCAUACCAAGAUGCGUUCGAAAUCAGCAAGUCAAAGAUGCAGCCUACCCAUCCGAUCAGGCUAGGUCUCGCCCUCAACUUCUCGGUCUUCUAUUACGAGAUCCUCAACUCCCCAGACAAGGCCUGUCAGCUGGCCAAACAGGCGUUCGACGACGCGAUCGCGGAGCUGGACACACUUAACGAGGACAGCUACAAAGAUUCCACGCUGAUCAUGCAGUUGCUGCGUGACAACCUCACUCUGUGGACCAGUGAUACGCAGGGCGAUGGGGACGAGCCACAGGAGGGCGGCGACAACUAACCUUCCUAAGCUUAAGUCCUUUCUAAACCUAAUAAGAACAUCCUAUUCUCUAUCGUCCCCCCGUCCCCCUGAAGUGCUCACCCAUAUGUCCAUCCACCCGGAUCCAUCCACCCAUGUCCACCAUCUCCUCUCGUCCCUCGCGCGUACCUCGUUUCCUUCUUUUCCUUCCUUCUUUUUAACCGCAGGCCUUCCUUUUUCUUAAAUCUCUCUUUGAAAAAGAAAUUGGUCCCUUUUCAUUUCUCUCCUUUUCUCUUUCUUUCUCUCUCUUUGUCCUACGACCGCACACUGCUGCCGAUGCCACCGCCACAGCUGCUACGCCCGGUUCGAAAAACUUGAACAUAGAGAGAACACUCGAAUAAUCUAUUUAAGCUUGAUUGUGUUCUCCUCUCGCGGAUGAUGCUAAGGGAAAGAUACUUCUAAAAGUUGAACCUAGACAUGGAAUUGAAGCUUUGUCGAUAUUCGGAGUGAAUAAAAAUUGUUGAUUAUGAAAUGUGUAUGGAGUAAAAACGUGCGAAGAGAAACAAUCAUCGGCGAGGAGGAAUAAUUGAGCCUUAUGGAUCAUUUAGUUUUUCUCUGGUACGAAGUUUUUCAAACAAAAUGUAAUCCUUGUUUGAUCCAUUUGAAUGAAGGAACAGGAAUUGUGGAUGAACAGAGGAAAGGACAGGAGGAAACACACACUCACACAUACAUCUCCCCCUUUCCCGCAUACCCUGUCUCGUCGAAGCGUAUAUCCCUCUGGUGAUCAUCGGUAACGCACAUUACAGAAGAAAAGUAUGCGCUAAAUUAUUCAGCUUCACGAGUAGCAAAAAAGUGAUAUAGUACUAAAAGAUGAAUCACAACGUUGGGACGAGAUACGGAAUGCAGAGGAUAACAUACUAUCAUUACUCCCAGAAUCUGUUCGCUAUUUACCAUUAAAAGAAGAAGAGUGUAACGUUAGAAAGAAAAAGAAAACCUAAAAUACAGGAAAAAGAAAUAACGCGGAGGUACGAGAAGAAGCGAAGAGAAUGAGAAAAUGAAAAGCACGCAUGAAUCUACUACAUUAUACCCAGUUGUCAUUUAAAUUAAAUUUCACAUUGUCUAGCAAGUACGAAUAUUAUUAUACGAAGGGAAGAACGCAGGAGGAGAAAGGAGAGUAAAAAAAAAAACAAAUACAUUAAGUUAUUAAGUUCCAAAACGACAUCAGUGGUAAUUUGAUUUUCACACUCUCGCUGUUUUUAUCUUUUUUAUCUUUUUUCUUUUCUCCUCUCUCCGCAACAUAACCAUCACAAUUUUCCACACAAUUCACAUGCAAUUUGGUAUAUAUCUCUUCUCAUGCAUAAAUUCCUUUCUUUUCCUUUUCGUCACAAUUGGUGAAAAAAAACUUGGCGGUUAUCUCCUUCUUACUGAAAUCCGAUAGUCUUAAAAUCUAUUCUUGAAUUUUCCUUAUCGCGUUGCAAUUUUAUCUGCAACUUAGAAUUUUAUCUAUAACGCAGAGAUAAAUCAAUCAAGAUCGUCAGUAGCGUACAAAUAAUUAUUCUUAUUAUCACAAUCGUAUAAAAAGAGAAGGAGAGCACGUUUCUGCUCGUCGUCGUUCUGCUCGUCGUCGCGGUCGUUCACAUACGCUUCUUAAAUUUCGUGUGAUUGUGGAAUGAAAUGCGGAAGAAGGAGGAUAAGACGUGAACCGCUCAGUUUGCUAUUGUCAUCGUCGAGCGUGGAGAUUUACACACGUUAGAUCGUCGUAUAUAUCCUGAUCCUGGCGUCUGAAUCUUUCGACUUUUUCGCACUUUCUAUUUCAUUGCCUCUUGUCUCUCUAUUAUAUUAUACACGAGAGAGAUUAUAAUAUAUACACCACAGAAUAUAUUUAUCACUUAGUAAACUCGUAUCGUGAUCGAGAAGAAUGGAGAGAGAACAAAUUGUACGCACAUAUACACACGAAUAUAUAGAUAAUCGCAUAUUUACUUUCGUCUUGUGCGAUGUUCAUUUCCAAGGGUUCGCGAGAGAAUUGCUGUGUGUUACGAAUCGUGCUUCUCGAGAAUAUCAUUGCGUAGAGUAUCGAGAUCCGAAGAAGCUCGCGGCACCUAGCCUCUCCGUAAAGGUGUACACAUCGAAAGAAGUUGUUUACGCAAGUCUAUUUGUAUAUGCAAAUUAUCGACUGGCUAAGAUAGACCGGGCGCGAAACAAUGUAUAGAAUAAAAUCAUCGAACGUAUUGAAAUUAAUUGCCUUUACAUUUUAGAGAUAUAUAUAUGGAGUGAGAUGCGAGGCUUCGUUCGACGUGUACCGUGUAUAUCACGCAGAUCAUAUCUGAAGCGUGAUGUAUUUCUAUCGUACUAAACGGAUCUAAAAGAUAUAUUCUUCACAUUAUAAGAGAAGACUGCAAGAGACUCUAACGGGAGGUCAAAGACUAUUCAAACACAUUCUCUGUAUCGCGCUCGUCAUCCGACGCGAAGAAAGAGAGAAAAAAAAAAGAAAACAGGAAACGAGGAGCUAAGUAUUUUCGCUCUUCUCGUAUAUAUAUGUAUAAUUAAGUAUAUGUAUAUACGUGCUGACAUCAUAUAUAUACACACAUUCAAACAUACACGUACAUCACGCUUAUGUAAUAUCGCUAUGGGAGACAGUUUUAACAAGUUAGUCGCUAAUUACACGUGAACGGGUAAACGUUUUCCUAUUGUCGUUUGAUAUUUCUUGAUGUAUAAUCGGUGUCUCUGUCGCAACAAGACUGUCUAAAAAUCGCCAGGAACGUCAUUUGAUAUGUUGCGAAGAAAGAAACAGAAACACAGAAAGGAAAAACGAAGGAGAAUGAGACAAAUCGUGAAUGUUGACAUCUAAACGGCGACUUCUCCUAUCCCCCCGCCUCCUUCCUUCAAACGAGAGCGAGAAUGUAGCGUGUAAUUGAAGUAUUGUAAUUUAUCGUUGUUGUUUUGAUCGCCAUGGGACUCAAAUCUGUUCCAUCUCGAUAGAAUAUCUUGCGACUUGCGUUCUUUGUAGACGAGUCUUUUAGGAUCGAGACAAAGGAUGAAGUAAAGAUUGAGAUACAGACGACAAGAAAUUAAAUAUAAUUGCGCAACAGUAUAAUCCCAUGCUUGUGACUCCAUUACAAUCGAUUCGCGGUUAAAAUCUGUGCCAUUCUAACAUCACUUAUAUUUAUUUUUUUGUACAUUGUAUCUCGUGCUUUAUCCUGUCUCUCGAUACUUAGCGUUGUAUAAGAAAAAAGUCGAACGAUAAAAGCGCAGACGAGUAUCAUCCCAUUUGUAUCCUUCUUCCUUUGAUCUUCUUAUCUCUAUCUUUAUCCAAAAUGUUUUGAAAUGAAAAUUCAACGGGGGCUAAUUUAGGCGGGACCGGGCGUGUGUGCAUGUGUGAUUAAAAGUGGCAGGAUGCGAAAACCGUCACGAUGUAUAU